CGCAAAAGAGAAAGGCUCCCCUCUUGCUACCGGAGUUUUUUGUUAAAUCUGAAGAUUUUGACCACUGAUUUGCGAUCACAGCCACAGGAGAGUACCCUGGCAUCUUCAAUCUGAUUUUGGUCAGUUGAGAGGCACUGAUACGCUGAAAGAAGGCGAGUUGGGAGAGCCGUUAGACUCAAGCCAAAGGCGCCUUGCCGCAGUUCAAAGCGGUUGCCUAGCAACCAAAAGCUACGACGAGUUUACAGCUGUUUUAAAGUGAUCCCGACGUCGCACAGUGAUAUAAGUUGACAGACUGACACCUCAAAUUGAUCUCUGAACGGCGCAAGAUACGAAAUUGUUGGAAAAAACAAGUUAAAGUACCGCAAGUCGCCAAAGAAGCAACUGCCGUUAAGACACAAGCAAGAGGCAGUGACGUCAGUGACUGCCGCGAUGCGAAAAGGGGGAACAAGCAGUAAAGCUUGCAGGGCAAACAGCGCUGGAUGACGGAAUCUUUGCUCGCCAAAAAUGAAGGUCCUACAAAAAGACGAGACCAAGAUUGCUGAGAGUAUUCUACGAAAAGACCUACCCAAGAGUUUUCAGGUCUAUGGAUUCUUAUAUGCUUACAACAGGAACAAACCUAGCAAUAUAAUGUUCAUUGUUGAUACAUGGCCUGAUUUUAAGGUCAUCAUUUGCCGACCUGAUCCUGAGAAUAAGCUAGCCUUGGAAUGGGUAAAAAAGAUAAUAUUUUACUGCAAGGAUGAGCAGAUUUUGAAGAAAAUGUUAUUAAAGGACGAAGUAGUUGACUGGAGCGGUUAUUUUAUUGUUGGAGGCAUUGACAGCAUUCAUACCCUCACGCUCAAAGAGGUUUCAUCGAACAGACAAGUCAGCUACAAACCUAUGGUGUCUGCACAUCUUCUGUAUUUGCCAGACCAUAGCUCUCUGAUGACGCCAGUAUUUGACAGUGCCCUUGAAUCAAGGGUUUCACCUCUCAGUCAUUCCCAUGUUGACCUGGUAAAUCAAACCUGGAAGUUUGGAGGAGAUGAACACGGAUACAACAGAAUUAAAGCCCAGGUCAGCAACAUGCCUUCAUGCUGCAUCACUGAUGAUCAGGGUCGGCCUGUAUCAUGGAUACUUUUGUAUGAGUACAUGGCAAUGGGCAUGUUGUAUACUGUGCCCGAGCACAGACGAAAAGGGUAUGCCAAAGUGUUGGUCCAUACCUUGGCCCAGACACUCCUUAAUCAGGGUUACCCGGUGUUCUGCUACAUUGAGGAGGAAAACACGGUCUCUUAUAAGCUUUUUAAAAGCCUUGGCUUUAUUGAGGAUCCCUCAUACAGAGUACUCUGGGCUCAGUUGAACUUGUGAUGUUGAAAAGCGUCAAAAUUGUCUGCACCAAGGAUGACUUAAAUUUGAUUAAUCUGAAUUUGUCAACCAAAGUGCCAACAUCUUCCCCAGUCAGCACUCACUAAUGUGUUUAUUCUACUUUAAUAAAUACACUGAUAAAUACAUGCACCUGGGAAUAGGUUGAUUGGCAACACUAAAUUGGCCCUAGUGUGUGAAUGUUGUCUGUCUAUCUGCGUUGGCUCUGCGAUGAGGUGGCGACAUGUCCAGGGUGUACCCCGCCUUCCGCCUGAAUGCAACUGCGUAAGGCUCCAACACCCCUGUGAUCCCAAGAGGGACAAGCGGUAGAAAAUGGAUGGAUGGAUGAAAAAGCCCCUCCCUGAACAUAGCCACACGCUACCUAGUGGCAACAGGAAUCACUUUUUGCACAUGUAAUAAUUGCAAUAUAAGGUAGUUCCUCACAGCCCAAACGUGGCAGUUACAGACAACAUAAAGUACAAGGUAAAUUCAACCAUGACUUCAAGUUAUUUUGUUUAGCUUGUGGUAACCCCCUUGAGACUGGGCUAAGUUCCUUUAUAUAAUUGUAUUCAUUUGUUCCACGUUACGGUUAUUAUAUUGAGAUCACCAGUAUAACUUCACCAAUAACAAUAAAAUACAUGUGUAAUUUAUAUAUUAUCGAGACAUACUAAUAUAGGUAUGAUAUAUGUUUAUUGUACUUUGAGCAUUAAUAUUUUCUUAAUAUACUUUCACUUGUAUCCAUGUAACAUUGUAUCAGCAUGGUUUAAAGGCAAUCUUUUGUAACCCAAAUAAUCCAUAUGUGUGAUCAAUAUACAAAUAAACAUGAAGCAUUUUGAUUAUU